UGGGCGCUUGACCAACACAUAAAUGAUCAUGUGGUUUUAUUGUUCCUCAACUCGUUUCUUGUCCUUUGUUUUGCUACCAUGACCAGUCUCGCCGAAUUAUCCGCGCGAUUUUACUCAUACAACAAGAUGUACAGCUUUGAGUCGCGGCAGCAAAGCUUUGCUGACUGGCCUUUUCGGGAAGAAUGUCAAUGCACACCUGAAAUGAUGGCCAAGGUUGGGUUUGUCCACUGUCCCAGUGAGAAUGAGCCUGAUGUGGCCUGUUGCUUCUUCUGCCUGCUGGAGCUGGAGGGCUGGGAGCCUGAAGACAACCCCUUGUCUGAACACAUAAAACGCUCUCCUCACUGUGGCUUCCUGGCUAGCAAGAAGGACUUGGACGAGAUGACCGUAGCUGAGUUCUAUCACCUGGAGCAGGAGAGGCUACGAGUCUACAUAAGGAAGGUUUCUCAUCAGAAAAUUGCUUUUUUCCGGGAUGAAGUUGACAAGACUGGAGAAUAUCUGAAAAUGUUGUUUGGUGCCACAAAUGAAAAGGCGUGGAAACAUGAUGUGUAGCAAGCCCUUAUUGUAAUGUCCUCACUAAGUGUUUUGUUUUUAAUAAAUAUCAAUAAAGACUUUUGUUGUUUCAAAAGGU